AUGUCCUACAACUGUUUCACAAGAAACUGCUCUUCCAGGCCAAUUGGAGGACACUGCGCUGUCCCAGUGGCCCCGGUUGCCACGGCUUCUACCCAGGAUGCCGACUGCCUGAGCGGCAUCUAUUUGCCCAGUUCCUUCCAAACUGGCUCCUGGCUCCUGGACCACUGUCAGGGGACCACCUGUGAGCCCACUGUUUGCCAGCCAACCUGUCACCAGCAAAAUCCUUGCAUCUCCAGCCUCGGACAGGUGACCUGCUCUCGACAGACCACCUGUGUCUCUAAUCCUUGCUCGACCACCUACAGCCGGCCACUCACCUUUGUCUCCAGUGGCUGUCAGCCCCUGGGUGGCAUCUCUAAUGUGUGCCAGCCAGUGGGAGGAGUCUCCACUGUCUGCCAACCAGCCUGCGGGGGCUCCAGGACGUACCAGCGGUCCUGCAUGUCCAGCUGUCGAAGAACUUGCUAA